AAUGUACACAUAAGGCCUUUUUCUCUCAAAUAUUGUUCAUAAAUCUGUCUAAAUCUGUGUUAGUGUGAAGUUCUCCUUUGCCAAAAUAAUCCAUUCACCUUACAGGUGUGGCAUAUCAAGAUGCUGAUUAGACAGAAUGAUAAUUAUACAGGUGUGUCUUAGGCUAGCCACAAUAGCAGGCCACUCUAAAAUGGGCGGUUUUAUCACACAGCACAAUACCACAAAUAUCGCAAGUUUUAAGUGAGCGUGCAAUUAAAAUGCUGACUGAAGGAAUGCUCGCCAGAGCUGUUGCCCGUGAACUGAAUGUUCAGUGUAUAAUUUUGUUCAGCCAUUUAAUCAAUCACUUUUUAGCGCUUUUAACAAUACAGAUUUUAACAAAGCACUGAACAGUGUCAACUAAGAGAAUAGAGUGAUAGUAAUGUAUAAUGACAAGAUAAAGCCUUUUUUUUUUUAAUGCAGAGAUUAAUUCGACGAUACUCGCUAGAAAUUAAGUGUCGCCAACUGUGCCGGCCAGAGGCGACAACGGCAAGGAAACAAAACCCCAUCCAGAAUGGAGAAAAAAGGAAAAAAGCCUCGGGAGAAACCAGGCUCAGUUCGGGGUCAGUUCUCACUGUAUAUUUAUUUAAACAUAUCUGACUACUGAAUGCCACAACUAACUAAUCAGAAUCGAGUACGACAUUUAAUAAACUUAAUGACAUUCAAUCAACCCAAUUAUUAAACAUGCUGUUUGGUCGAGUAGUAAAGUUUCUUUCUUAGAAUUUAUUUAUUCUAAAAGGUGUAACAAAUUAAAAGCCCGUUAUUUAAAUAUGCAUCCCAGAAAACUGGUGUUUCCGUUCGUAAAUAGGUAUUUCUAUUCGCCUAUAUUCGUUCUUAUUUACUUUCAUUCACUAACAAAAUGCUUAAUUAGUCACGAGAAUCAGCAACUAACUCGAACGAUCCUUGGGUGAACGGACUUCGAUUCACUGAGAUGAAUCACAGUUCUCACCACUAUCUCCUCAAAAGUUAUAGACCACCUUCUAGCGUCAGCAAAGGGUGGGAUUCCUCACUAAAACACUGUUCGCGCACAGUUGGCGGAGACAGCUGUGAGCUGAAAGUCUGCACGAGACGACGGUAAAGUAGAAAACAGGAUGAGGAAGGCAGUUGUGCUCUUUGGUUUAUGGACUCUUCUGUCCCUCUCACAUGCCCAGUUGACAGAUACAGCAGAGCCUGAAGGUGAGGAAGAGGUGGUUGACCUUUUUACUACUCCUCGCACCAAGUUGGCUGCUGCAACCUCUGAUUUUGGCUUCAACCUGUUCCGUCAGCUGGCAGCACGUGAUCCCAAGGCCAGCGUCUUCCUGUCACCUAUAAGUAUCUCAGCAGCCUUUACACAGCUUUCAAUGGGGGCAUCCGAACGGGCCGAGAAACAGAUUUACAGGGCCCUCCGCUACCACACCCUGCAAGACAGUCAGCUCCAUGACACACUGAGAGACCUUCUAUCAUCGCUCAGAGCACCUGCCAAGGGCUUCAAGUCAGCAGAUCGCAUCCUUUUAGCUAGGAAACUUCGUCUCAGGCUGGAAUACCUCAACAGUGUAGAGAAACAAUAUGGGAUACGGCCUCAAAGUCUUGCAGGUGGAACCCGGGACCUUAAGACUGUUAAUGAUUGGUUUAAACAGCAAACUGGUGGAAAAGUGGAACAAGUCGUUCCUUCGAUUUCUCGCAACACAGCUUUGUUGCCUGUGGGAGCAGCCUUCUUAAAAGGUAAAUGGAUAACUAGGUUUAGCAAAGCGAAUAAGAUGGAGAACUUCCAGAGGGAUGGAGAAGCCCCUGCUCUUAUUCCCAUGAUGGAGCAGGAGAAUUACCCAGUAAAGAUGGGUAUUGACUCUGACCUCGGAUGCACGAUAGCCCAGGUUCCUAUGGAGGACGGAAUAAGCAUGUAUUUCUUCUUACCGGAUGAGGUGACACAGAAUCUAACUCUAAUAGAGGAAGCACUUACAGCUGAAUUUGUACAGGACCUUUCCAAUACCCUCCAUGCAGUACAAGUGUUGCUUACACUUCCUGUUAUUAAACUCAGCUACAGUAAAGACCUGCUGCCCUCCCUCUCUGACCUAGGUCUGGCUGAAUGGUUGGCAGAAAUGGGUCUUGUCAAAAUUACCAAUCAGCCAGUCAAGUUAAAUGCUGUCCAUCAUAAGGUUGUCAUGGAAACAGCUCCAGAAGGCGCAAAAUAUGCUAGCAACACCCCCACUGUCAACGGCCAGUCGCUAGCUCUAACGUACCGCGUAGAUCGACCUUUCCUCUUUCUAGUGAGAGAUGAGCCAUCAGGUGCACUUCUCUUCAUUGGGAAAGUGCUGAACCCACGUGACAUAGGAAGGGUAUGAGACAGACACACUUGCAUUAACAAAUGAGAGACCAGCGACUUAUAUAUAAGCUCAUUUUAAGCCCAAGUCUAUAAACGGCAAAUAAAUAUUUGACAUACAAGGCCAUUUGGAGAAAAAUGACAUUCCAUUUACAUUUUCAGCAUACUUAUACAGUACAAACUCAAACAUGGUAUGUGCUCACAUUCAAAGUAAAACUAUAAUUCUGAUGAUAUUGUCCAUUUGUGCUUUUAUUAGGUAUAUUUUAUGGAUAGAUUAGUUUACAUUUCCUGAAUCCUAGCCAUACAAUUCACAUUAGUGUUGAUGGAUAAUAACCUGAUGCUCUGACUCAUUUUUCACAUGCAAAAAAAAUCCCUCAGGUAUUAACAGCUGCUAUAAUGAUUAUGGACUGAUGGAGUCUCAAAAGCAUAUUGUAAUGGCCACCAUCUUUUUGUAUAAAACUUCCUUUGAGUGUAUGAUACAUUUGCCAUAUGGCUUUCAUUAUCAAUCCCUCAUAAAUGAUCAAUUUAUACUCGUUAAAUUCAGUUGAUAUUCCCAUAUGUAUGUUUAAUGCUGAUUACAAUAAACUAAAAAGAAAGUAAAUCAGUAACCUA